AUGGAUUUCAGGGAUCCUUUCUGUCGCUUGAAGGCUGAUCGAUGGAGAGGUAGUAUGCAAGCCGAGUUGAGCAAAGACUCGUGGGGGGCAUAUGUUAGCCACUCUAGCAGUGACGGAAUCACCAAUAGCUCGAUAGCGAGCAAGCCCCUUUUCAAAGACAUUUUCGCUCGCCAUGAUGGCAUCGGCGUCCAUCCAGCAUUCAAAUCGGAGCUCUCGGCGGCGAAUGACUCCUGGGCUUUCCCUCAAGCUCCAAUUUCAUCCCCUUCCCAGCUCUUUUCUUCACGGAACAUCCGCAACCACCAAGUGAAGAGAUCAUGUCGGCAGUCACACAAGGCUCCGAGCCCCUGCAUAAGGCAUGCGAUACGUGCAGAGCCAGGAAAACGCGAUAAAUCUCGGGCAGCACUGAUGCCUGCGACUUCUGCCUGGUAUAUCAGGCCUUCAUGUCUCGUCUGUCGGAAUGCUAAUUGUCAUAGUCCCAGCACCGUCCCUGCUCCUUUACUCCAGUCAAGCGACCAAGGAAGCGCAAGUAUGACACAUCAGGCUCUGAAAGUGUGGGCUAUCAGCAGCCGGGACUGUAUAUCGACUCUUUACUUGCAAAUCGCCAAGCCUCACGCAUACAUGGAGGUGCCAGUCAUCCAGAUCAGGUAUUGUUUGGCUCUCCUUGGAUGCUAA